AUGUCUCAUCAAGCUAGUAACAAAACCCAAAUUCCAAAUCUCCCCCAAGAAGCUCAAAAAACUAACCCUAAGAUCCACAAAUAUGUGAAACUUGGUUACCAUUAUCUCGUCUUAAAUACAACUUACCUACUCAUAAUCCUGUUUGUUGCACGUCUAAAGAAUCUAAUAAUCUCAAAAUUUACUACAAUGUCAUACGUAACCCUAGUACUAGUCUCUUUAGGUAUAAUAUAUUACAUUUAUCGUGCUAAUAAACCUGUUUACUUAGUCGAUUUUGCAUGUUGUAAACCAGAUCCUUCGUUUAGGACCAGUAAGGCUAUGUGCAUGGAUAGAAUUGUUAAGUGCGAAUCAUAUAGUGAAGAGAACGUCGAAUUUCAAAGGAAGUUGUUUGAAAGAUCGGGGGUAGGCGACGAGACACACGUGCCUUCGUGCAUGUUGGAAGUCCCUCCUAAACGUUCACUAUAUGAGGCGAGGAAAGAAAUUGAGUAUUUGUUAUUUGGUGCGAUUGAUAAGUUGUUUACAAAAAAAUUAGAGGUUGGAAUUAAGGAAAUUGGGAUAGUUAUUGUGAAUUGUAGUAUGUUUAAUCCUUUACCUUCACUUUGUGACAUGGUUAUCCAUCGUUACAAGUUUAGAGGGGAUGUUGUGGCUUAUAAUAUAAGUGGUAUGGGAUGUAGUGCUGGAAUUAUUUCUGUUGAUUUGGCCAAAGAUCUCUUACAGGUACACCCUAAUACAUAUGCCUUAGUUGUGAGCGUGGAAGGCUUGACACAAAAUUGGUAUCCAGGCAACAACCGUUCAAUGCUCAUAUCAAACUGCUUGUUCCGUAUGGGAGGUGCAGCGCUUCUAAUAUCGAACAAACCAACUGACCGUCAUCGAUCAAAGUAUAAACUCAAACACAUCGUCCGUACACACCGUGGUGCCAAUGACAGUAGCUACAAAUGCGCAUACCAACAAGAAGACGAGCUAAGAAAAUCCGGCAUUGCCCUGUCCAAGGAUCUAAUGUUCAUGGCCGGGGAAGCCCUAAAGACAAAUAUCACAACUCUAGGACCAUUUGUUCUUCCCAUGUCCGAAAUCCUCCUGUUUUUGAUCAUUUUAAUAGGCAAAAAGGCUUUUUUAAUGCGAAAAAUCAAGCCAUAUUUGCCGGAUUUUAAGCUUGCUUUCGAGCAUUUUUGUGUACAUGCUGGAGGAAGAGCGGUACUUGAUGAAUUAGAGAAUAAACUUAAACUUUCCGAAUGGCAUAUGGAAGCUUCUAGAAUGACUCUUUAUAGGUAUGGAAAUACUUCUAGUAGUUCAUUAUGGUAUGAACUAGCAUAUCAUGAAGCUAAAGGAAGGAUUAAAAAGGGGGAUAGGAUCUGGCAAGUUGGAUUUGGUUCAGGUUUUAAGUGUAAUAGUGCAGUUUGGCAUGCUUUACGUGAUGUUCAUCUUAAUCAUGAAAUUAAUAACCCUUGGAAGGAUGAGAUUCAUAAUUUUCCCGUCAAUGUACCUAAAGUGUCACAUAUUAUUAUGUGAGGUUACCAUUAAAACAUACAUGAAUAAAUAUUCAUCAGUCUAAACGUAAGUGAGAGUGUAAAUAAUAGAGUAAAUAACACCUAAAAUCUAUUAAAGGUGGUGUUACCGUUACAUACUCAAUUAAUUAGGAUAUUUAAUUACUAGUACGUUAUGUAAUAAUAUAAUGUACUUUUAUGAUAUUUUUAGGUAAGAAAAGGUUUUGAUCGUCCAUCUAAACUAAUG